AUGGCGACAGAAGCAGAAACCCUAUUCAACAGCUUGGGGGCCCGUUAUGAGGCCGCUUUUGGCAUGGACAAGGAGCUACAGAGGUUUAUUGAGCUUGUGGCAAAAACCAUCCCUCCUCGAAGCAGAACACUAGACGUCGGCUGUGGAACAGGCAAGCCUGUGUCUCACAUACUUGCCUCUGCCGGUCAUGAAGUUCACGGGAUUGAUAUAUCGGAAGAGAUGGUGAAAAUCGCAAAGUCCCAAGUUCCGGGCAAGUUUCAAGUGGGUGAUAUGAAGACGUAUCAGCCAUCGACAUUGUUUGAUGCAGUCUUUGCAAUCCGAUCUCUGUUCCAAAUGUCGCCAUGCGAUAUGUGCUCCAUGGUUAUGCGCUUCUCUCAGUGGAUCAAGGUUGGGGGAUAUGUGGUUCUUGGAGUGACCCCCAGUAGCUCUCUGGUUCCGAAAACGGUGACUUAUGAUCCCACAUGGGAUUGUGCUUGGAUGCUAGAUAAGCCGUGGAUGGGGAAUUCUGUCGAUGAUUUGUUCCUAUCCGAGGAGCGCUGGUGUCAGCUCCUGCGAGAAUCCGGCUUUAUCAUUGAAACAGAGAGUGGGUCGAUCGAAUUCGAAGAUUGUGAUUAUCCAGGGAGGGCCGUAUAA